AGCUCCCCCGCUUCCCCUUCCCCCUCCCCGCACACCGCCUGCCGCGGCUUCCCCCUAUCGCGAUAGUCGCCGGCGGCGCGGGGGGGGGGCCGCCAUGUCGAGCAGCGGUCGCAGCCCUUUGCCGACCGUCAACGAGAGGGACUCGGAACAGCCGGGCGCCGUGGAGGGCAAGGGCGGUGGCAAGGCCAGCAUGCUGCGGGGCCGCAACGCCGGCACGGCCGCCGAGGAGCAGCCCCACAUCGGCAACUACCGGCUCCUCAAAACCAUCGGCAAGGGCAACUUCGCCAAGGUCAAGCUGGCCCGGCACGUCCUGACCGGCAAGGAGGUGGCUGUGAAAAUCAUUGACAAGACGCAGCUCAACUCCUCCAGCCUGCAGAAGCUCUUCCGGGAAGUGCGAAUAAUGAAGGUCCUCAACCACCCCAACAUAGUGAAGCUCUUUGAGGUGAUCGAGACGGAGAAGACGCUUUACCUCGUCAUGGAGUACGCCAGCGGGGGUGAGGUGUUCGAUUACCUGGUGGCCCACGGGCGCAUGAAGGAGAAGGAGGCCCGGGCAAAGUUCCGACAGAUAGUGUCGGCCGUGCAGUACUGCCACCAGAAGUUCAUUGUGCACAGGGACCUGAAGGCCGAGAACCUGCUGCUGGACGCCGACAUGAACAUCAAAAUCGCCGAUUUUGGGUUCAGCAACGAGUUCACCUUCGGGAACAAACUGGACACGUUCUGCGGGUCCCCCCCCUACGCCGCCCCCGAGCUCUUCCAGGGCAAGAAGUACGACGGCCCCGAGGUGGACGUGUGGAGCCUGGGGGUCAUCCUGUACACGCUGGUCAGCGGCUCGCUGCCCUUCGACGGGCAGAACCUGAAGGAGCUGCGGGAGCGGGUGCUGCGGGGGAAGUACCGGAUCCCGUUUUACAUGUCCACGGAUUGCGAGAACCUCCUCAAGAAGUUCCUCAUCCUCAACCCCACCAAGAGGGGCACCCUGGAGCAAAUCAUGAAGGACCGCUGGAUGAACGUGGGCCACGAGGACGACGAGCUCAAGCCCUACAUGGAGCCCGUGCCUGACUACAAGGACCCCCGGAGGACAGAGCUGAUGGUGUCCAUGGGGUACACGCGGGAGGAGAUCCAGGAGUCGCUGGUGGGGCAGAAGUACAACGAGGUGAUGGCCACGUACCUGCUGCUGGACCACAAGAGCUCCGAGCUGGAGGAGAACCUGUCCCUGAAGCCACGGGUGGCCCCGGAGGUGGCCAACAGCUCGGGCCCCUCCCCCGCUCACAAGGUCCAGCGCAGCGUCUCGGCCAACCCCAAACGGCGCGUCAGUGACCAGGCUGGGCUCUCCAUCCCCACCUCGGCCUCGUACUCCAAGAAAACGGCGGCGGCCAACGCGGAGAACAAGCGAGGAGGAGGAGGAGGAGGAGGAGGAGGAGCAGGGGAGGAAGAGGGCGGGGGGCGCCGGGCCGGCAGCACCGCCAAGGUGCCCCCCAGCCCCCUGCCCGGCCUGGAGCGCUCCAAGGGCACCCCCUCCCCCUCCACGAACAGCGUCCUCUCCACCGGCACCACGCGCAGCCGCAACUCCCCGCUGCUGGACCGGGCCAGCCUGGGCCAGAGCUCCCUGCAGAACGGCAAGGACAGCGGGGCCCCCCCCCGGGUGCCGGCCGCGUCCCCCUCGGCCCACAACGUGAGCCAGGGCCCGGGCGAGCGGCCGAGCUUCCCGCGGGGGGUCUCGAGCCGCAGCACCUUCCACGCCGGGCAGCUCCGCGCCCCCCGGGACCCCCUGCCCUACGCGCUGCCCCCCGGGCUGCCCCCCCCGGCCUCCCCCUCGGGCGCCAGCCAGGGCCGGCGCGGCCCCUCCGCCAGCCUCUUCAGCAAGUUCACCUCCAAGUUCGUGCGCAGAAAUCUGUCUUUCAGGUUUGCCAGAAGGAACCCCCAUGAGCCCGAGAGCAAGGAGCGGGUGGAGACCCUCAGACCCGCGGUGGGCCCCGAGAAGGACCCUCGCGACGCCGCCGGCCGCGACGCCAAGCCGCGCUCGCUGCGCUUCACCUGGAGCAUGAAGACCACGAGCUCGCUGGAGCCCGGGGAGAUGCUGCGCGAGAUCCGCAAGGUCCUGGACGCCAACAGCUGCCGCUGCGAGCCCCAGGAGCGCUUCGUGCUGCUCUGCGCCCACGGCGCGCCCGGGCACGACUCCUUCGUGCAGUGGGAGAUGGAGGUGUGCAAACUGCCCCGGCUGUCGCUCAACGGCGUCCGCUUCAAGCGCAUCGCCGGCACCUCCAUGGCCUUCAAGAACAUCGCCUCCAAGGUGGCCAACGAGCUCAAGCUCUGAGCCACGGCCGCCCGGAGCGGCUCCGGCCAGGCCGAGGAGCGCCGGCUCCGAGCCACGGGCUCCGGAGGGGUCACUCGGGAGCGGCUCCGGAGUGCCCGAGGAGCUCCAGCUCUGGACACACGGACACGGCAACCCAGGAGCGGCUCCAAGGUGGCCACCGAGCCACAGCUCUGGGGACAUGGACACUGACCCAGGAUGGCUCCGAGGGGGCCGAAGAGCCCCAGCUCUGAGCCAUGGACACGGUGGGGGACGCCCACAGGGGGACACGGGAGUGCCAGGAUGGACCUCGGGCGCCUCAGGGGCUCCUGGAUGGAUCUGGGACGGCUGGGGGAUCACCUGGACGGACCUUGUGCACACGCCAGGCCUUUGUGGGGACGUCCUGGAUGGACCCAGGAGCUCCUGGAUGGAUCUGGCGGCCCCAGGGGACCUCCUGGGGUGGGCCCUGGAGCUCCUGGAUGGACCUGGGAGCCCCUGGAUGGACCUUCUGCGGGGCCCAGGUCUUCACAGGAACAUCCUGGAUGGACCCAGGAGCUCCUGGAUGGAUCUGGGGGAACUCGUGGCUGAACCCGGGACCUCGGGGAUGGACCUGAGACCUCUGGGGCCUCCUGGGUGGAUCUGGGACUUUCCCCCAUGGACCAGGGGCACCUGGGGACCUCUGGGGGGCACCUGGCUGGACCUUCUGUGGGGUCCAGGUCUCCAUGGGGACCACCUGGAUGGCCCCAGGACCACCUGGAUGGAGCUGGGAUCUCUGGGGCUCACCUGGCUGGGCCUGGGACCACCUGGAGGCACCUGGGGACGUUCUGUGGUGUCCAGGGCCUUGUGAGGAUGUGGGGACGUCCCGGGUGGGCCUCUGGGGACAAGGGCCAGGGUUUCAUGGGGACCCUGGCGCCCGUUGGGGACAUCCUGGUGGCCCAGGGACCUGGGGGGCUCUUCUGGGAGGGGGAGCAAGGCCCAUCUGAGGACAGGG